AAAAUUAAUCAUAGUCCUAACAAUCAAUGCUACAACAUCAGGUGAAGAACCAUGGGAUUCCAGAAAUGAAGAUCAACAACAUGCUGGACACGGCAAGAGAGUUCUUCCACUUGCCGGAUGAAGAAAGGUUGAAAUUUCGCUCUACUGACCCGAACAGUGUCAUCAGGCUGGUCACAGGCUUUGAAGAUAGGACCCGGAACAUCUUUGUCUCGAGGCAAUCCUUGAAAUUCCACUCGCAUCCCGUUGAAGAAUACAAGAGCCAAUGGCCUUCAAAUCCUCCUCCUUUCAGGGAAAAUGUUGGAGAAUAUUGCGCAAGUGUGAGAGAGGUGGAGGUAGCAAUACUCGAGGCCAUAUCAGAGAGCUUGGGCCUGGAAAGGGAUUACAUAGACAAGAUAUUAAAAGGACAUUAUGUGUCCAUUAAUUACUAUCCAGCUUGUCGGGAAUCAGAACUUGAUGUUACUUAUGGAGUUCGGACUCACACUGAUCCAACUAUAAUCACUAUUCUGAUGCAAGAUGAUGUGCCUGGACUUCAGGUUAUUAACGAUGACAAGUGGAUAAAUGUUAAUCCUCUUCCAAACGCCGUUGUUGUUCAUGUUGGAGAUAUCCUGCAGGCACUUAGUAACUACAGAUACAAGAGUUUGCUUCAUCAAGCUAUUGUGAACUGUGAGAAAGAGCGUGUAUCCAUUGCCAGUUAUUGCUAUCCAUCGGAUGAUGCUAUGAUAGGACCGGCUAAGAAGUUGGUAGACAGGGAUCAUCCAGCAAUCUAUAAAGAUUUCACUUACAGAGAAUUCCACGAAUCCAUGUGGCGAGUAAAGUGUUCAACAGCUAAGCGAUUAGACUUGUUCAAGGCUCGUGCUGAUUAACUCCAUUUUCUGCACCGCUCCUGCUGUUGGGAUGCUCGAGACAUAUAGUAGCUUUACUCAAUAAGAAUUUCCAGCAGUUUUGCUGAACUAUGACUUACAAUAAAUUUUAUAAAUGGCAGCUAAGAUCUUUCUUCUUG